AUGAAGCUGUGGAAACCAGCCGCCGUAGCUCUCAAGGAUGGGCCUAGUCUAAUCACGGCGGAUGACAUUCUCACGGCGGCCGUCGUGAAAGCCACGAGCCACGACGAGCUCUCGAUCGACACAGAGAACGCUCUGUUCAUCUACCGCCACGUUCGCGCGAGCCCGUCCAGCCUCAGGCCUCUCGUGAGCGCCAUCUCGUCCCGCGUGAAACGCACGCGCAGCUGGGCGGUAGCUCUGAAAGGCUUGAUGCUAAUGCACGGCUUCUUCCUCCGCAAAACCACGGCGGCGGAGUCGAUCGGCCGUUUACCGUUCGACCUUUCCGCUUUCGGCGAAGGGAGCUCGCGGAUGAGCAGGUCCGGCGGGUUUAAUCUGUUCGUACGCGCUUACUUCGCGUUCCUCGACAGACGAUCGAUCCUAUUCCACGGCGGGAAUCGUCAUCGGUACGACGAAGAAUCGUCCGUCAUGAUUCGUCUCGUGCUCAUCCGUAAGAUGCAGAUCAUAGUGGAUUCGUUGAUUCGAAUCAAACCGAUUGGGGAAAACAUGAAGAUACCUCUGAUUCACGAAGCCAUGGAGAACGUUGUCAGCGAGACUCUGGAGAUCUACGGCUGGAUCUGUCGCCGGAUCGCCGAAGUGUUACCGAACAUACACUCGAAAUCCGGGAAACCGCAGGCAGACAUGGCGUUGAAGAUCGUCGCUAAAUCCAUGUCGCAAGGAGAGAAGCUCAACAAGUAUUUCGAGUUUUGCAGAGAUCUCGGAGUCUCAAAUGCUCAGAAGAUCCCCAAUUUCGUCCGGAUUCCAGAGGCGGACGUGAGACAUCUCGAUGAACUCGUGUGGACGGAGGAAGAAGAAGAGGCGACGGAGACGGAUUCGUGUGAGGAUACAGAGGAGAGAACGGAGGAUGUAGACGAAGAUGAGAUGGAGAUGCAGUGUGAAUCGGUUCUUGAGUCUGAUGAUGAUCUGAUAACACUUGAUCAGAACCAACACUACUCACCGGCUCCUCCGAGAGUUGAUAUUCCAGACUUAAUUAGCCUCUAA